AAGCCCAAUAGUUGAAUACUCUCGUGUCACCACAACAGGUGUUCGACUGAACAGACGUUAGCUUUGUCCCCUUUCUCUUCAUCGAGUGAGAAUCGAAUCAAUAAGGAGGAACCGUUUGAUUUCAUUGUUCAAAAUCCAAGAAAAGGAUACAUUUGCGUCGACGACUGACUCCAAUCGAUGUCAUCUGCGUCUACGGCGGUGCGUCCGGUGGCUGGAACUGGGUUACCGGAGAAGGCGGCAGCAGCUCUGGUCAAUUCAUUUCGUUUGGCCUCCGUGACGCAACGGUUAGCUUUCCACAUUCAGACCGGCGCCAAAAGCGACGUCAAAGAGUUCCAAAGCUGCUGCAUCUCUCUCGCCAAAGGAAUUGAUUUUGCGAUAGCUAAUAAUGAAAUCCCGAAGAAGGUUGAAGAUCUUCCCUCCUUGCUUAAACAGGUGUGCCGACAUAGAGAUGAUGUCUACACUAAGACUGCUGUUUUGGUGCUCAUGAUCUCUAUUAAGCAUGCUUGUAAACUGGGAUGGUUUUCAGAUAGCGAGGCUCAAGAACUCAUCGCCCUUGCUGAUCAGAUGAAAAAUGGUUUCGGGAAUCCUGAAAACACUAUCCCUGUUAUUCAAAGUCCUGGUGGUACAUUAUCGCAGAUCAUGGAGAGGUUUUAUCCACUUGUGAAGCUUGGGCAUGUUCUUGUUUCUCUUGAAGUGAAGUCUGGCUAUACAAUGCUUGCACAUGAUUUCCAUAUCUCGAAGAAUAUGCCGCAUUCUCCUCAAGAGAAAAUUCGGCUAUUUGUUGUCCAGACAGAAAACAUAGACACGUCCGCCUGUAUUAUCAAUCCUCCAGAAGUCAGCUUCAUUUUAAAUGGAAAGGUGGUCGAGAAGAGAGUUAAUAUCUCAAUGGAUUCGGGGCCUCAACUCCCAACAAAUGUUACUGCCAUCCUCAAAUACGGAACAAACCUCUUACAAGUUAUGGGCAAUUCCAAUGGUCAUUACAUCAUUGUAAUUGCUUUUACGGGUUUAGCACAGCUACCUGAAAAACCAGUUCUUAAAGAGUAUGUGCAGUCUGGAGUGGUCGAGGCAAGUCCAGAUUCUGACAUCAUUGAGGGGCCAUCUCGAGUAUCUCUCAGAUGUCCUAUAAGUCGCAGCCGGAUCAAGCUUCCAGUCAAGGGCCAGUUGUGUAAACAUCUUCAGUGUUUUGAUUUCUGGAAUUAUGUCAACAUUAAUAUGAGAAACCCAUCCUGGCGCUGCCCUCACUGCAAUCAACCUGUUUCCUACCCAGAGAUCCGUUUAGAUCAAAACAUGGUCGAGAUAUUAAAGGAUGCGGGGCGCAAUGCUGCUGAUGUAGUCAUCCAUGCCGGUGGUACAUGGAAGGUUGCAAUGGAAAAUAAUGGAAACGAGGAACCUGUCCGUGAUGCAAUAAUCCAUGAUCUUGAAGAUCCAAAUAGCUUGUUAAAUGCUGGUCCUGUUGUCUUGGAUCUUACUGGGGAUGAUGAGGACGAUGCUGAUAUUGAACUAUUUGGUAGCAACACCAAGGCUGUGGACCAGAAGCCCCACUUGUCAGAUGCUCAGGGUCAAUCUAAUAAUAACAACACAAGCAAAGAUGCUUCAGUCGACGAUUACUGUUCUAUGUUUAACUUCUCGGAUGUGAUAUCACUUGACGAGGUGAUGCUAGAUCACUUGAAUACUGGAACUGGUCAGGAUUACUUAAACUUAUCUCAAGUACCAAUGCCUCGAGAUCCAGCACAAGUACCUGCGCCAUUCUCACAGGCACCAUCUCCAAGAGAGAGAUCAGCAACUACUUCCACCGUCUUCCCAUCUUCUCGGGUUCAUGCUUCACCUGUUACUCCCGCUGGAACAUAUCUUAGUAGAACCUCCAGUCAGAUGUCAUCAUUGACAACUUCAUCACAGAGCCGGGUGCACCCAGUCCAAGUUACGAGCCAGUCUCUUGGGAAUGGAUCAUCUCUGGCUCAGUCUCCGCGUAUCCCUAGAGUACUUGGUCCCCAGCCUAACAGUUAUUUCGCACGAAGUCUAAACAGUAACCAUUUAACCACUCAGACGCAGCGGCCGAGUAGUCCCCCUGUUCUAUCAGUUUCCCGAACCAGUGACCUAAUGGAUGUGGACUCGGCUACUCCUGAUACAAGCAACUGGCGCCCAAGGAUGCGAGGCAGUAUUACGCCCGGUUCAUAUUCCCCUGCUCUUGACCACAUGAUCAUCCGACCUACCCAACCGUCUCAGACUAGGCUUCAAGUUUCACAACCGGGACAGACGCCACCGGUUCAGACAUCUCAGGCUCUGCCACCGUUUUCAACCGCCCCUCCGACUUUCACGAGGCCUUCUGGACCGACAGCACCAUGGGGAACUUGAGAGACCAGAACAAGGGAAGCUUGAUGCUUAGGACAAACAACUCUAUCAAUAAUGAACUUUUGUAACUUAUCAUUUUGCGCAUGGCAUGAACUCGAAUUCCGGUAUAUAGUUUUCUGCUGACUUGUAUAAAUUAAAGAUUGUUGGCCGUACUAUUGUAUUUACAUAACGAUCCCAUAAAUGGCGUAUCUUUUAGGAGCAGUUUCGUUGA